CUUCUCUGUCUUCGCAGCAGUUAACGGAUAACCGACAAGCCCACUUCCAAACCCAGAGCCAUGGCCUUCAAGUUCUUCGCUGUCCUCGCCUUCGUUUCGGCCGUGAGUGCCGGUGUUCUGCCCGUCCAGCAGGUGUACCACGCCGCCCCCGCCGUGGCCACCUACGCCCACGCCCCCGCCCCCGUCGCCGUGGCCCACGCCCAGCCCGUCCUGGCCAAGGCCGCCGAGGAGUACGACCCCCAUCCCCAGUACAAGUUCGCCUACGAUGUGCAGGACUCCCUCUCCGGGGACUCCAAGAGCCAGGUGGAGGAGCGCGACGGCGAUGUGGUUCGCGGAGAGUACUCCCUGAUCGAUUCCGAUGGCUUCAAGCGCAUCGUGCAGUACACCUCCGACCCGGUCAACGGAUUCAAUGCCGUCGUCAACCGCGUGCCCCUGGAACAUGUGAAGACCGUGGUGAAGACCGUGGCUCCCGUGGCUCUGCCCGUUGCUGCUGCCCCACUGCCAGUGGCCUACCACCAGCACCACUAAGCAGCCCAAGCCCCAUUUCAGAUUUGUGGAAUCCGUUGUAGAUCAAUAAAUUGUUGAAUAUUUGUAAGCUCAAAAAAA